AUGGAGGAGACCAACACAACAGACCUCUCUCUGAACUACAUGACUUCUGGAUAUGCAGAUUCUCAGACAGUUAAUCAAUCUUGGUGCAUACAAGGAGAUGAUAAUAUGUUGAUAACUUCAGGUGUCUUUAUUGGUAUUUGCCUGUGUGGACUUGUGGGGAAUGGAAUAGUCCUGUGGCUCCUGGGCUUCCACAUGAAGAAGAGCCCCUUCACUGUCUAUGUCCUGAACUUGGCCAUUGCUGACUUCUCUAUGCUCCUAUUCCUUAUUGUUAAUCUUAUAUUAUACAUUCUUUCAACAGUCUACUGUGAUUUCGCAGUUCAGUAUUAUUUGCCCCAUUAUUUCCUGAUGUUAAUUGUUCUAUUUUCAUAUUUUGCCAGCAUGUAUCUCCUGACAGCAAUGAGCAUGGAGAGGUGCCUGUCUGUUCUGUUCCCAAUCUGGUACCGGUGCCACCGCCCAAAGCACUUGUCAGGUAUCAUAUGUGGGGUGCUCUGGGCUCUUGCUGGACUUUUUGUUUCUAUGAGUUUGAUUAGUUGUUAUUGGGAUACAUACUGUGAACAACAAUUACAAGGUUUAAGCAUUGCAAAUGCUAUCAUUUUCUCUUUAUUCCCAUUCCUUUCCAAUCUUUCCCUGUUCAUCAAACUCCAGUGUGGCUCACAGAGACGACACCCAGGGAAACUCUAUGUUGUUGUCCUGCUCAGUCUGAUCUUUCUGUUAAUCUUUGGGUUUCCUCUCACUGUUGUGAUUUUUCUUCAUACCAUUUAUUUAAGCGUGAUUUACCUUCAUAUUUCCUUUCUGCUGGCAUCGCUGAACAGCAGCAUCAACCCAUUCAUUUAUUUUCUGGUGGGGAGCUGCCGGCAGCGCCGGUUCCAGGGUUCAGCAAAAGUCGCCCUGCAUCGAGUGUUCGAAGAGAAAGCGACAAGCGAGGAGGGGACCCAUGUGCCUGGUGACCCUGCUGUGGAGACCUCUCUGUAA